AGAGAGAGCGCGAGCGGAGCUGUUCAAACCUCACUGCUGCGCGAGGAGCGGCGGUUUAUCUGUUGGAUUCGGAAUCAUAUUAAAGAAAAGACUCGGCUCCUGACGGAAUUUAACUCUUUCUCAGGUUGAACGCUACGCCAAAGGUUAACAGCACUUCAAAACCACAGACGUGUCCUGCAGCCAUGAGGCACACUGGACUGAUUGGAGGACUCUAAAGGACGUGUCUAUCCGGGGAGGCUGAAACAACAUGUGCAUAGGAAGCAGAGGACAAAGCCAGCGUGUGGAGCCCCUGCUUGCUCCUAUCAGCUCGGGAUGCACUCUUCCCUACAGCCUUUCCCGUUCUCCCCUUUGCCCCGCUUUAUGGCCCUGAUACCGCACCGGGCACCAUGAAUGCGUACAGAGACCCUGGACCUCUCUCUCAGCCCCUCCCCCCAGUUCACCUGCGCCUGCCGCUCCACAAUGGCCACGCCUCCCCAGUCGAGGCCAGCUUAUCCCGCAUCUCCAUGCCCAAGAUGGGCGUACGGGCUCGCAUCGCAGAUUGGCCCCCAAAGAAGGAACAGUCCCGAGAAUCGCUGCUGGAAAACGGGCAGGGUGUGACAUCAGAGAGCAGUAGCGGCGAGGACAGGUUUAACCGACGGGGUACGGCAAGGGUGCCACAAUUACGACGAAGCAAAGAUGCAGAGUUUCGAGAUGGAAGGACUGUAAGGAACAUCCCGGGCUCUCCUGCACGUUUCCGGAUCCCGGGAUUCGCUCCGCUGCAGCAGCGUUCUAGCAGCGAAAUCACGCUAAGCGAACAGGAUGAAACGGAAGUCGAAGGUCGUCUGUUCCGGGUGUACGGCAGCACGUCGUCCAUCAAUGUCCAGGCCGUGCCUGAGGAGAGCUUCUUCGACAUGCUUAGCCAGUUCCAGCAGGAGAUGCCGGACCAACGCAGUGCUGCCCCUGCCAGGCUGGGAGAGCUACUGCAAGCCGAAUCAUCAUUCAACCCAUCCCCUUCUCCCGUCCCUUCCAUCCCUCGCUCCGAAGACCGCCCCGAGAGCCGUGUGCGGAAAAAGAGCGGUGGCACAGAAUCAUCCCUCGGGACCUCGUCCCUGUUUCGGAAGCUUCGCAGCGCCAACAAGGGGGAUACCGAAGCACCCCGCAGCGACUCCGAGGAGACACGGCAGUCAGAGGCUUCACUCAAACUGUGGCUGUGUGUACGUAGCUUUGCACACUACGACGCCCAGAGCCUCUUGUUUGACCUGCGCGAGGCGGCCGCCCAGCGCAGCUACGCAGCCCAAAGACGUAACACCGCCACAGGGGCAUCUUCAGCAUCUGCCACGUCCUCAGCCGCCGUCUCGUUGGCCGUGACCCACACUCUGGCUCUGGGAGGAGCCGAACCCACCUUCUGUAGUACUGAAGAUUUAAGUUUGCUAAUAGAGGGAUCUACCUUGGGCGUGGAAGCCUCGGACUCGGCAGGACUAGACAGCUUGAGCUCGGGUCCUCAGCAUCAACUCCUGCUUACCUGCCCCAACUUCCUGAACGAGACCGGGAGUUACGGUGAGCGCAACGUGAGCUUCCUGAGCUCAUGGGCAGAGCGCGGGGAGGCCAGGCUGCGUACGCGCUGUACUAACGCCAGCGUGGCUGUGUUGGAGAUGGAGCUAGAAGAGCAGGCCACACGUAUGGACAAACUACAGCAUCACUGCAUAGAGCACGUGGACCUGGGAGCACGAUACUACCGUGAAUACUUCCAUGGGAAAGAGCACUGGAACUACUUUGGAACAGACGAGAAGUUGGGGCCCGUGGCUCUGAGCAUCCGCAGAGAGAAACUGGACGACACCAAAGAUCUGAAGGACCAAUACCAGUACCGAAUCAUCUUCCGUACCAGUGAGAUGGUGACUCUGCGAGGCUCUAUCCUGGAGGACACCGUGCCCUCCACAGCGAAACACGGGACGGUGCGGGGUCUGCCCCUGAAGGAGGUGCUGGAGUUUGUGCUGCCGGAGUUGAGCACGUCGUGUCUGCGUUUGGCUCUCAGCACCCCCAAAGUCACCGAGCAGCUGCUCAAACUGGACGAGCAAGGCCUGAGCCAGAAGCAUAAGGUGGGAAUCUUGCUGUGUCGAGCAGACCAGAGCACUGAGGAGGAGAUGUACAACAAUGAGGAGGCCACGACGGCCUUCACUGCCUUCCUGGAGCUUCUGGGGGACAAGGUGUGUUUGAAGGGCUUCAACAAAUAUGCUGCGCAGCUGGACACCAAGACGGACUCCACUGGGACACACUCCUUGUACACCACCUACCAGGACUACGAGAUCAUGUUUCACGUUUCGACAAUGCUUCCGUACAUGCCCAGCAACCCCCAGCAGCUCCUGAGGAAGAGGCAUAUAGGAAAUGACAUAGUGACCAUCAUCUUCCAGGAGCCGGGCGCUCUGCCGUUCACGCCCCAGAACAUUCGCUCGCACUUCCAGCAUGUCUUUGUGAUCGUUCGCGUUCACAACCCCUGCUCUGAGAACACCUGCUACAGUGUUGCAGUGACGCGCAUGAAGGACGUGCCCCCAUUCGGACCGCCCCUGCCUCCCAGCGGCGUGACCUUCCGCGACCCUGCCUCAUUCCGUUCCUUCCUCUUGGCCAAGAUCAUCAAUGCUGAGAACGCUGCACACAAGUCAGAGAAGUUCCACACCAUGGCUGCUCGCACUCGGCAGGGCUACCUGCGGGACCUGGCUGAGAACUGCGCCAGCAGCACACCGCUCGACACGAGCGGCAAGCUCAAUAACCUCAUCUCACUUGCCUCCAAGCGGCGCGAGAGGGUACGGGCACGCCAGGGGGCGGAGCUUGGUGCUGCUGGAGCGAUAGCUUGGCGGGUCGUGGCGCAGGAUUUCAGUGGAGGCGGAGCAGAGCUUCCGUGUGUGCUGGCCAUCUCUACUGAGUAUGUGGUGCUGGCUGACUGCUCCACAAAAGAGGUGGUCUUCAAUUGCUUCUGCGCCGAUGUGAUUGGCUGGACGGCCGAGAGGUUGAACUUGAAGCUCUAUUAUGGCCGAGGGGACCAUGUGGCACUGCGUGUGCCUGAGGGCGGAGCCCAAGACAUCAGAGAGGUGGUUCAGAGGCUAAAGACGUUGACAGUCGGCUGCGAGACGGUGGACAUGACGCUCAGACGGAACGGUCUGGGCCAGCUGGGUUUCCACGUGCGCUUGGACGGCACCGUUUCCGAGGUGGAGGAGUACGGCUUCGCCUGGCAGGCGGGUCUUCGGCAGGGCAGUCGAUUGGUGGAGAUCUGCAAGGUUGCCGCGGUGACGCUCACGCAUGACCAGAUGAUCGACCUGCUGCGCACAUCAGUCACCGUUAAAGUGGUCAUAAUCCCACCAUUCGAGGAAGGAGGAGCCCGAAGGGGCUGCACAGAGGAAUACGAGAUGAAGACGCAGGACCAGAAAGGCGAUGCAGAGCCAAUGGCAGCGAGUUACCGUUCCAGCCAGCAGCGAGGUCCAGCGUGGCGUUGGGACAGCCCUCCUACCGCCCCAUCAGCACAGCGCUGGACUCCUGUGGGGCCUCCGUCAGGUCCCAGCCGCACACACAAGGGCCUGGUGCCUGUCCCGUACAGAGAGCCACAGCACAUUCCUGCUAAAAGACCUGUCAGUUACCCUGAGAACCACUACAGCGUGUCUCCAGUCGGGGCAGAUCGAAGUCUGCCCUACCGCAACCCCUCAGCCAGUUUCUCCAGCCCGGGAUCAGGUCUCAGCCCCGCAGCCUUGAGCGGCCCGUUCGUCCGAUACAAACCCUCUCCAGACAGGUUCAACUCGGCCCAACGCUCGCUCCAGCCGUAUGAAACUCAUUUGACUUUUGAUGGAUCCAGUGGAGACUCCUCAUCCGGCUUCACCAGCCAGGAGAGCACGAUGGAGCGCAGCAAGACAGAGCCCAUGUGGCACGUUGCAGCCUCAUCUCGGAGUGCGGCGGGGGGUGGAGCUCAGAGGCGACAGGCUCGCCAGGAUUUGCAGGGGAAGGACUCGCCAAACCGACACUCAAAGGGCGAGACACAGUACUCCAGCCACUCCAGCAGUAACACUCUGUCCAGUAACGCCUCCAGCAGCCACAGUGACGAGCGCUGGUUUGACACCAUGGGCACUAGCACCUCUGGUGCCCUCAGUGACCCCUGCGACCCUUGUGACCCCGUGACCGGUGACCCCAACCCCAUGGGGAAAGGAGGCUCUAGCGACAGUGGCAUCGAUGCCUCCACUCUGUACACGCCCACUUCCAGCAGCAAAUCAAGCAAACUGAGCCGGAGUCACACAGGGACGCCGCAUAAGAGUCUUCACUCUUCAGCCACGUACGGCGGCCUGCACGAGCUCUCUGCCCCUACAGCCAGAGUCGGGGAGGGGCUCCGACGAGAGUCAUCACCCAUCAUGACCGCCUCAGCCAAUCAGAGCAGGAGUUACCUCACACGCACCUUCCCUCCCCCUGGCUCAGCCAGCACGGACAACUUCAAACCAAGAGCCUGCUACACCCCUCAAGGCUUCAAGACCCCCACUGUGCCUGAUAAGCCCCGGUCUUUCCGAGCCUCCACGGCCACGCCCACUUCAGGUUCAGGCCAGCUGUCCACCUCCGCCCCCAAAUCAUUUUAUGGUAAAAACAAGCAGGGUGCAUGGCAGCAGGAAGACAGCAGCACAGCCACUAUGACCUCAACCUCCAGCAGCACAGACAGCAAUAGCAACAAGCAGGUGGACUUGAACAGUAAGAAUGUGUUUGGUCAGCCGCGUCUGAGAGCCUCUCUUAGGGACCUGCGUUCUCCUCGCCGUCCCGCACAAAAGAGCACCAUUGAGGAUGACUUGAAGAAACUCAUCAUCAUGGACACACCAGCCGACACACCACAAGAAACCUCUCCUCGGAAGACCCUGCAGCGGACCUUCUCAGAUGAGAGUUUAUGUAGUGGGCGGAAAGACCCGAGCUUUGCUAACACGCCGCUGUUUGAUGGCCAGGCACCGCCCAGCGACCUGCUCUUCACCAGCACACUGCCCACCCGUCGCCAUGGCAGCAGUACCAACCAUGGCGCCAUCUUGCCCAAUAAGAAAGUGCCAUUGUCUGCAUCAGAGCUGUCUCUGACGGAGGUGAGGGAUAAAGUGCCCCCCCAACGCAGACUCGACCCCGGCCUCAUGCCCCUUCCUGACACGGCAAGCGGUCUCGAGUGGUCGAGUCUCGUCAACGCCGCCAAGGCCUACGAAGUACAAAGAGCAGUUUCUCUUUUCUCGCUGUCUGAGCCUCAUGUUGGAGGAGCUGAACUGAGACCUGUGAUCAGUCCCGUUGCCUUUCACACAUCGCAGACCCCCCGCGCUACACCCACCUUCAACAGUGAUGAGAGUCCUGGAGGCCUGUCAGGGCGGCUGUAUCACCUGGAGGUCAUGUUAAAGCAGCUGAAUAAUGAUCUGGAGAAGGAGAAGCAGGAUAAAGUGGCAUUGCUGGCUGAGAUGGCUCACCUGAGGGAGAAUAACCAGCGUCUGCAGGAGGAAUCUCUUUCCGCUAGCGAGCAGCUCCGCAAGUUCAGCCAGCUCCUGUCCUCCACAUCAGACAGGAAGUGAAGAGUCUCUCACUCUCUAUGAGGAGAGGAAGCUAAAACCAGAGGUGGCAGUUAGAACAAGGGAGGUUAUGGACGACUCCCGUACCCGAGCUGCUCACACACAGCAUGAUGCCCACACUGCCCUUCACCUCACCUCUCUCCAUACUGAGACUGACCAGGAUAAGAGAGGAAAAAGGAUGGAACACGAGAGACAGAGAGAGAGCAUGAGAAACGAACGCGUCUUUGAGUCACUUCGGGACUUGGGCUCUUUAACCGGAAGAGGAAAAGACGUAGGCAUCUCUAUUUUUUAGAACUCAUGCCAAGUAAGUCCCAGCACCUUGUAUGGGAGCGUCGUGAAUGCGUUCCCUUCACAGGUAUUUUCCCAACUGUUGCUUUAUUUUUGUAAAAGUCUUAAGACACGCGGACACCAAACUCGAGCCAGUCGAACUGCGAGAGAUUCAGAUCGUACAGCUUGCAUUCAGAGAGGCCGAUUACUGUACACGCAGCUCUUCAGCCAAAAAGAGAGGGAGUGUGGUCCUGUGCUGAGGCCACAUUUCCCAGCAUGCAGCACUGUAGAGCGUGCCAAUGGAAAACAUGGUACUAUUGUUUUGAAGUGAGGUACAAUUCUCUUGGACUGACCCUGAUUUACAGGUACAUGGAAUGGAAGAUGAUCAAGAUAUUGUAAUUAAAACAUUGUAGAUGAUCUUAAACGAAUGGUUCAGUGAAAGGAAAUCAGCCAAGACAGGUUGUGCUUUUUGUACUUUUCACUCAUGUAAAUACCAGGUGAUGGACAUCACUUCCACAUUUCACCCAAAAUCCUUUCCAUAAACCCCGCGCUCUUGUUUAUAUACUUAUCGCAAACAUCAACACGGCUGAAUUCUUCGUUCUGAUUGGUCAGAUAGUGUUGAUUAAUGUUCUCUAAUAGUAGCUCUGACAGUAGUGCCGGCUGAAAGGUGCGUCACAGUUUUAUAUUAAUGCACUCAGUCUAAUAGGUUAUGGUUUAUAUUGUAGCAACUAAUUGACUAAUACAAGCGUAUAAUUAAUUUAUUCCACAAAAUCGAGUCGUACACAAAAUGAGCCGAUGGCCGAGUUGGCUAUAAGCCAUAUAGGACGAGAUUGAGCUGGGAUAAUUGUUUUAUUCUAUCCACGUUCACUGGAUUUUGAGAAACAGCACUUUUUUUUUUUUUCAAAUUGGAUAAAUAAAAACUUUAUACAAAGCGUCCGACAAAAUCAUUUCCGCUUAGAAUGUACACAAACUGGCGAAACGACAGGAGCAAUUUGUGAAAAAUGCUAUAAUAAUAAUAAGAAUUUAAAAAAGAUGCGUUCUUACCAUCAAAUAUUUUAAUUCCAUGUUUUGGGGUUUUUGUAUUUGAGUUGAGUUUUCAUUUCGUCCUCGGUUGGUUCAGCAACACGCGCCGCCAUUUUGUUUUUCUCUACUCACGGUAUAUGAGCUGGUAGCCUCAUAGUAGAGUAGCCAAUCAGAGCGCGUGAAUGUGGAUAGAAUAAUUGUUGAUACUGUGACGUUUUCUGUAACAACAUGAAAAGCUGAUAUUUUAUUUUUAUUUAUUUAUUUAUUUCUAAGAAAAGAACGACACUGCUUCGGGUACAUUCCAUAACGUUAGAUGUAACUGUCAAUACAUGAAAAGUACUCAUUAAUAAAUGAAAAAUUCGAAUUGUGGAAUGACAAAUUGCUGUGGUAUAAAAUGAAUGAAACGGUUCAGGAGGUGCUGUUAGAGGAAAAUAAUCAGAUCGGCCGCAUAUCUUGCCACCCAGUUGUUGAUUAUUUUCCUGUAACAGCAUGUCCCUAAAUCAUUAAUACAAGUUUGUGUAACUUUACUGAAGAUUUGGUUGGGGGGGGGGGGGGUUAACCUGUACCACACCAGAGCUUCCAGUAAGAGAGGGUGAAGAGACAAACUCGCAGGGCAGGAGGAAAGUGCUAUCUGCCUUCUCCCGCAUACACGAGCUUACGGAUGCCCGUGAUCGUCUAGUAUGCCAUCCUUCUCACCCAGAGAGCACAACCAAUUUUGCUCUCUCAAACGUCAAGGAUCCAAUUUGAGUCUGAUUUAUGGAAACAAUCUUGGGUGAAAAAGAUUUGCAAUACAAGUCCAGUACAAAGCUAAAUAUCUCUCGACUGAUCGGCUCCGUUUUCACUGAACCAUUCUUUUAAUGACAGUCAUAUCUAUGCUCAGACAUCAUCAUCAUCAUCAUGAUCAUGUACUGCAGGUCGUGUUCUCACAGUACUAUUUCCUUCGUUGUCCAAGUGACAUCCUUCUUUGCACCGUGGUUAGUGAAUAUGGACCAAGUCAGUACUUCUGUUAUUCUUCCUACAGUAUCUCCUCCUCCAUGUGCACUGUUUCUCAGCGACUAGACGCGAUUACAGAAAAAUAGUCAGCCAGCCCCUCUCGGUCUCCAGUCAUCCACGCGGUGUUUUGCAGGAAUCAAUCAUGGAGACGAAUCUCUUCUUAAAGCAUCACCGCCACUACUGUUAAACAGAGUUACUGUAAAACACAGGACCAAUUCGAGCGACUGCUCCGAGAACUGUGAUGCUCAUCUCAAGUUUUCCCCUUCCAACGCUUUGACGUAGCACUGUGUGUAAACUCCGGCUUCUUCGUCGAAUCGAGACACUGUACGUCUGUAUGCAACAGAGACACAACAGCGCCCCUGUGCUCGAUCGGCACCUCCGGCGCCUUCCACACACAAUCUAUUUUUCUAUUUACCUCUCAGUUUAGGUGUAUCAGGUGACACGACUGUUGGCUGUUUUUAAAACCAAGAACAAACAGAUCCAUGUCUGGGUUAUGUACUUAUUCUGGUUUACUAAUCCCCUGCACUGUAAAGAGAUUAGUCACUCUUCGUGAGGCUUUUUUUUUUUAUAGCAUUAGAGAAGUUUAUAGAGUUACAGUAACUAAAUUAGCGAGUAGGUUUGAUUCAGAACAAGUUGCUCAUUAGCUAUUUCCAGAUGCUCUGUAUAUGUGACCCGUGAAACAACACAAACCCCGACUGUCCCUUUAAUCUGAUCGAACUGGAAAACAUCAUCUCACCUCUCAGGACCCACAAGUCACCCUCAAUGGCCUGAACUAUUUAUUUUAUUUUAUUUUAUUUUAUUUGAUUUUAUUUAUUUAUGCGUCAGCUAGAGGGUGGCGUUAUGUUUUAUAUUCUAUAACGAACUAAUAUGAAUUAACACGCACGUACACACCUAGAGAGAGCUGUUUAGACUGGAAAAUUGUCAUACAAUAGUUCAGUACAAAUCGUACAAAAGGAAAAAUCCACCCUGAAGGACUUUCUAAUUUACGCCGGCGUAUUAAGGCUAUUGUAGGGUAAAAAAUUUUUACCGAGCCUCGAGCACUACAUUUAAGUAAGACUGCAUUUCCCAGAGUGCACUGAAGCCAGGAAGAAUGUGAUUGUUGCGCUUCCUGGAUGCAAAUGAAUGUAUAACCGUACAGCUUUGUUUAUUUGUGUCCUUUUUUUUUUUUUGUCUUAGCUGUUUAUAAAGGCGUGAUUAUCGUGCAAAAUCAGUUUCCCGUUACUUUCAGUGCCUGAAUUCUUCUCAUCUUCCCAAAUCGCUGUUAUUUUGAAAUAUCUGAGCCGAGAGUUAUCGGAAAUGCAGUCUUUGUAGUCAGUGUGGUUUCUCGACCAAAAAAAAAAGAAACAACAACAGUUUUGUUUUUUGUGAAUUUUUUUCCUUUAUAAAUUUGCGACUUUUUUCAUAAAUUUGUGAAUUUAAUCUCAAAUUCCGAGUUUUUUAUUUUUUUUUUUUAAACCCUCUUGCAAAUUUAUGACUUUACACUCUCAGAGAACAUCCAAGUUUUUCUUGUAAAUUUAUAACUUCAAUCUCGGAAACUGGAUUUUAUAUAUAUAUAUAUCACCCCUUCCCCCAGCUCUGUAAUUUUUUUAACCUACAACAGCCCUAAUAAUUAAUCCGACAUCCAAGAAGUAUUUUUUUAAACAAAAUUCUGAGUUUCAGACUCUUAUUUUCAUGGUUUCCUAUUUUACCCACAAUGCUGUUCAAUUGGUGCAGCGGGAUUUGAGCCCUAACAUCAUCCCUACCUGAAGAAAUUGAUGCAGCGGUGCUUUAAUCUUUUAGUCUGUCCAGCUCAAUCCGAUCACAUUCAUCAUCUCGUAGAUCGCGACGUAACUGAAGCGAGUCCCGGCCGUAACUCCGCACGCCUGUGUCGUACAGCUACGUUGCAUCGUGUCCACCAGCAUCUUUUCUACUUCUACAUCAGCUUUCUCAUUCGUAUGAUGAAUGAGGCUUUAACACUAAUACCUGAAGAAGGUGACUGAUAAAAUAAACUACUGCUCUUGUGUUUGUGAGAAUUUUUUUUCGACUGUUAAACAGCAUUUGAAGUGCACUAGCAAUAACAACGUCUCCCUGUGACAUCAGCACACACGCAACCACUAACACACAGGAAUAACGAAAAUGCAGAGCAGCCGAACAGCUUAGACACAUCACUAAACAGGAUAAACAUAUUUAAUGUGUUUCAGGGUGGAGAUUUCCUUUAAAUCCUAGACAGGUUAAAGAUGCAGUUCUAUUUUGGUUUUCUUUUUUUUUUUUUUAACUGCAACUAAAACUGGACCACUUUUUAAUUUCUCAUCGAUAAAAUAAAGGACGGAAAUAUGAAAGAACCUGUUUUGUGUGUAAAACCCCCUCCAGGACAAAUUCUCCUCGUCAGCCUGGCGAAAUGCCAUCAUCGGGUCAUCCUCUCGUCACCAGCUACAUGCGUGAUGCUACUUCAACACACACACACACUCUCGUGGCCUCAUGUGAAGCUCUGCUUGCUGAUUAUGUGCAUCAUCAGCUGUCUUAAUUCUUUAGUUUGUUUGAGGGUGGAGGUGUUUUUAACGGUUUAGUCUUAUUUUAACUUUUAAGCUAAAUACAAGUGAUCUACAGUUCGCUGAACCUGUGCACACAAAUCAUGAAACUAUAAUCCAGCUGUAAAACUUGCUGUGUCAUAUGUGUAAAAAUUUGGAUUAUUUAUUUUGGAGAUUCUCGCGCUCUCUCACUCUCUCUCGACACAUCAGCCAUUUUUCAGUGGAAAAAAAAAACACUUGGUUGAUUUUUUUUUUUAAAGUCAUACGUGAGAUGUUUGAUUUCUGCUCUUUUGUACACUGCUCAUUUUUUUUAAUGAUUUGUUUUAUUUUUUCUUGUACGCUACCCUUCAGUUUGCUUUAUGCCUCGUAAAAUCCGAUAACUGAUUAAUCUUUCAGUUUCUCCUGGAAACCUCAUAUUGAUGAGUGUACAUUUAAUGUGUAAAUUAUGUUUUCAAUAUUUUAUAAAAAAAAAUUAUAUAUAUAUAUAUUAAAAAUAUUUCUGAUUGAACCUUUUUGUUUGCAUGUGUGUGUGAACAUUAAUGUGAACACCUACAGUGCACUUGGAUGUUUGUAGGAAACAUGAACAGGGUUUUUCUAAAGUCAGAUUUUUUUUUCCCCCUUCACAGGAACAACUGAGAUGAUUUUUCUUUUUUUCCAAGUGUGUGAUGUUCAGUGAAAGAGAUGGACGGUCAGAAAGAAGUCCAGACUCCAUUAAAACAUUUCCCUGAAUUAA